GCAACAAGGAUGAGAAAGGUCCAAGCCCGAUCGCGGUGCUGAUGGGUUUGCUGCCAAGGAACGAGUUCAAGCAGCGGUUCGGCAUCACGGUUUCGUUUCUCGCCACGCACAGCGGGCUGACGCGGUGGCAAGAGUACGCCACCGGGGCGGACGAGUCCAAGCAGGCGGAGCCGGACUUUAGCGAGAUGCACAAUCGGGCGAUCGACGAGGUGUGGUACAAGCGGGCGGUAGAGCUGUACUACAGUCACCGGGCUCGGAAGGGGGGCGACGAGAACGGGAAGGACGAGAGCGACCGGGACAACUUCGUGUACUCGGUGCCGUUCGAUGCGGGCAACCGGAACGACACGCUGGUGACCGCGAGUCACGCGAUCUUCCACGCGGACGGUGCCCGGGAGGCGCCGGUGGCGGUGGUGGGCUUCCAGUUCCACCACUCGGCGCUGUACACGCUGUUCAAGAACAUCACCAGCCAGUGCGGACACGGCGAUCCGGGCUGCGAAAAGACGUGCUUCACCGGGGACUACCAGUGUUACGUGAUCGACAACAACGGAUUCGUGGUGAUCAGCGAGCAGCUGCAGGAGACGGGCGCAUUCUUCGGCGAGGUGAAGCCCGCCUUCAUGCAGCGGCUGCUGGACGACGGCGUGUUCCGGAACGUUACCGUCUACGACUACCAGGCGGUCUGCUUCAUGGCGAAGGGCUCCAUCAACCUCGGCACGGUGCUGCAGACGCCGUUGCGGCUCCUUUGGUGGAUCCUCUCCAACACCGUGUCCUACCUGGUGUGGGUCGUGUUGCAGCUGUUCCUUACCCUGGUGCACGCGUACGAUGAGAUGUACGAUGGCGCUGCCUACGACGUGGUGCCCGAACUGGGUGACCUGGACGACCCAACCCUGAACCGCUACAAGGAGCCCGAGUUUACGAAGGUGUUGAUCAAUCGGACGCGGCCCGAAGCGUGCGAUCACGUGAUCACCCUGUACGAGCUCAACAUGGACGUCGACGCUUCGGUCUACACGAAGGAGGCACACCAGUGCGAAAGACCGUACGUGGUGCUACCGAUUCCAUCCAGCAACCUGCUCCUGUUGGUGCUGGACACGCUCUGUCCGCUGCCGACGCACGUGCCCCAGCUGUCGACGUGGCCGGUGGAGCACGACUACAACGCGUCCCUCGCCUGCCACAAGGCCCGCAGUGAUCCGCUGCCCCGCCGAAGGCCGCUCACCUGCAUCAACAAGCACGCCAACGAGAGCGUCAUCGAGCUAUGCGGUGAUGCGGCUGUACCCCGAGGCAACACGGUCCUACUGCUGGCCGCGGUCCUGCUCGCCGUGUCGGGCCUUCGUCUCCGGUGGGCCGACCAAAGCCCGGUGUGA